CGGAUUGAGGCCUGCGCUGGGGCGGGGCAGGGCGGGGCGCGGCGCGAGCGGAGCAGCUAGCAGCUGCGCGGGGCAGGCGCGUCCCCUCUGCCUUGCUCGCCCAGGUCAGUGUCAUUUCGGCUGAAGGAAAAGGAAAGAUACCAUGGCUUCGAUCUGGGUUGGACACCGAGGGACAAUAAAAGAUUAUCCAGGCUUUAGCCCAUCUGUGGAUGCCGAAGCAAUCCGUAAGGCAAUCAGAGGAAUUGGAACCAAUGAGGAUUCGCUCAUCAACAUUCUGACUGAGAGGUCGAAUGCACAGCGGCAGCUGAUUGUGAAGGAGUAUCUAACGGCCUACGAGAAGGAGCUGAAAGAUGACUUGAAAGGUGAUCUCUCUGGCCACUUUAAACAUCUCAUGGUGGGUCUUGUGACUCCCCCAGCAGUGUUUGACGCAAAGCAGCUGAAGAAGUCCAUGAAGGGCACUGGAACAGAUGAAGAUGCGUUAAUUGAAAUUUUAACCACCAGGACAAGCAGGCAAAUGAAGGAAGUGUCACAAGCCUAUUACACAAUUUAUAAGAAGAGUCUUGGAGAUGCCAUUAGUUCUGAAACAUCUGGUGACUUCCGGAAAGCUCUAUUGACUUUGGCAGAUGGCAGAAGAGAUGAAAGUCUGAAGGUUGAUGAACAUCUGGCCAAAAAAGAUGCUCAGAUUCUCUAUAAUGCUGGCGAGAACAAAUGGGGCACAGAUGAAGAUAAAUUCACCGAGAUCCUAUGCUUAAGGAGCUUUCCACAACUGAAACUAACAUUUGAUGAAUACAAGAAUAUUAGCCAGAAAGACAUUGAGGACAGCAUUAAAGGAGAAUUAUCUGGGCAUUUUGAAGACUUGCUGCUGGCCAUAGUUCGCUGUGUGAGGAGCAUCCCUGCCUUUCUAGCUGAAAGACUGCACUGCUCUUUGAAGGGCGCUGGAACUGAUGAGUUUACUUUGAACCGAAUAAUGAUUUCCAGAUCAGAAAUUGACCUUUUGGACAUUCGCUACGAGUUCAAGAAGCACUAUGGCUAUUCCCUAUAUUCAGCCAUUAAAUCUGAUACUUCUGGAGACUAUGAGAACACGCUGUUAAAGAUCUGCGGGGGAGACGACUGAGUCAGGAUCACCCCUCAGCUCCCUGCUCCCACAAAGGUCUUUUCCAACACCUCUGCCUCCUUCUUUCCUAUUUAAGCUCCAAGCAAAUGUAAACCAGCAACUUCCUUGCCUCACAGUAAUUGUCUUUGCUGCCCAGCAACAACAAAAACACAAAUAAUUAUUUUACAGCAACUCACUCAUGAUGUAAUAGAUUAUGAAUGAAGUUUCAAAUGUUAUUUAGAAUUUGCAAAUAUUUCUGUUUCAGAAAUGACAAUGUAAAUCAUUAAAUAUAAAGCAAGGUAAUAAAAAUUGUUGCUUUCAUUACAUAUAA